CAUUGCCAUAAUUUUUUCUCUCUUAAUUCCGUGUUUGUUUGGCAAAGAGUUUUCUUCCUCUUGUUUUUGAAGAAAAAGGAGGAGAAAAAUGGCUGGUUCUUCGCAGAGCGGAGAAUUGAAAAUGGAAGGAUGGUUACAUAUAAUUCGCUCGAAUCGGUUUAGAUUACAGUACUCAAGGAAACGUUACUUUGUUCUUGAAGAAAAUCUUCUUAAGAGCUUCAAAUCCAUGCCCAUUUCCAAUCUCCAGGAACCUGGUAGACGUGCAGUCAUUGAUUCAUGUGUUCGAGUUGCUGACAAUGGGAGGGAAAGCAUUCACAGAAAAGUGUUCUUUAUAUUCACCCUUUAUAAUAGUUCUAAUCACAGUGAUCAACUUAAGUUAGGUGCUAGUAGCCCCGAAGAAGCAGCAAAAUGGAUUCAUUCCAUUCAGGAAGCAUCCUUAAAGGAUGGUCCAUACCCCAGAAAUGAUGCUGCUUAUCCUAAGAGCAGAUGGCAGUCCUUCAGAUCAAGUGGUUCCAAUAAUGAAUAUCACAAUAAUUCUCUUGACUGGACUCUUAAUUCAUCCACGAAGAUGGACAGAGCGAUAUCUGAUGUUGUAGCGCCGUCACCUUGGACAAUCUUUGGAUGCCAAAAUGGUCUCAGACUGUUUAAAGAAGCUAAAGAAAGGGAUCCUCAUAGAAAGUGGGAUGACCAUCCAGCAAUCAUGGCUGUGGGUGUCGUAGAUGGAACUUCGGCAGCCAUUUUCCAGACGCUUAUGUCUCUUGGACCAUCAAGAUCAGAAUGGGACUUCUGUUUCUACAAGGGUUGCGUGGUUGAACAUCUUGAUGGUCAUACUGAUAUUGUGCACAAGCAGCUUUAUGGUGAUUGGUUACCUUGGGGAAUGCAAAGGAGGGAUCUCUUGUUGCGGCGCUAUUGGAGAAGAGAAGAUGAUGGAACAUAUGUUAUUCUCUGCCAUUCGGUGUUUCACAAGAACUGCCCCCCACAGAAAAGCUAUGUUCGUGCCUGCCUUAAAAGUGGUGGAUAUGUCGUAUCUCCUGUGAAUGAAGGAAAACAAUCUGUUGUAAAACACAUGCUUGCAAUUGAUUGGAAAUUCUGGAAAUCUUAUCUUCGAACUUCAGCAUCCCGAUCUAUUACGACUCGGAUGCUUGAGAGAAUUGCUGCAUUACGAGAGUUAUUCAGAGCAAAACAAGGAAAAUAUCCUUCAGCAGAUCUUUCAUCAGGAGAAUUCAUAAGAAAUGUUAGGUUGCACCAGAGUGUAGAAGAUGGUGCAGUUGAUAUGUGUACACAAAUAGAGGCUGGGAAAACUAAGGAAACUAUAACUGAAGGAAUGGAAAGGGCUCCUUCAGAACACUCGAUCCUGUUAGGUCUUAAUGAUGCAGCUGAUGAAUUCUUUGACUUUCCUGAACCAACAGACUAUGAUCAAUCAGAAGGUGGAUGGGCUUCUGACUUUGGUCCUGAAGUGUACUCUCAGGAUACACGCCAUCCAAAGUUAUCAACUGCAGCUGUUUUAGUCAAAAAGUUACAUGGUCUUGCAGUCCAAAAACGGGGCUACAUGGACUUACAAGACAUGACAAGGGAAGAUGGUACAUCUUGCUCCUAUGGGAAAACUCUUCCCAAGGAUCCAACUUGCACAUUGCCUUGUAGUUGGACUGCCGCAGAACCCUCAACAUUUUUAAUUCGUGGAGAGAAUUACCUAGAGGACCAUAAGAAGUUUAAGGCAAAGGGCACACUGAUGCAAAUGGUUGCUGCAGAUUGGCUAAGAUCUGACAAAAGAGAAGAUGAUCUAGGAGGGCGUCCCGGGAGCAUUGUUCAGAAAUAUGAUGCGCGGGGAGGAUCAGAGUUUUUCUUCAUCAUAAACAUACAGGUACCAGGUUCAACAACAUACAACCUAGCACUGUAUUAUAUGAUGACUACUCCAGUGGAAGAUUCACCUUUGCUACACAACUUCAUCAAUGGAGAUGAUGCAUAUAGAAAUUCACGGUUUAAGCUCAUUCCAUACAUAUCAAAGGGAUCGUGGAUAGUUAAGCAAAGUGUUGGAAAGAAAGCAUGCCUCAUUGGCCAAGCUCUGGAAAUUAAUUACUUCCAUGGGAAGAACUACUUGGAGCUCGGGGUCGACAUUGGGUCGUCGACAGUGGCAAGAGGCGUGGUCAAUCUUGUGCUUGGCUACCUCAACAAUCUGGUUAUUGAAAUGGCAUUCUUGAUACAGGCGAAUACAAAAGAGGAGUUGCCGGAGUAUCUUCUUGGAUCAUGCCGGCUGAACCAUUUGGAUGUAGCGAAAUCUGUUCCAAUAAAAGUAGAUUGAACUUUGUUAAUCUGAUUGGGAUGAUGAGCUUAGAUGAUGAAGAAUGAAUGCCAAACUAAAAUCAAUUGGGCUUUAUCAAUACCCAUUGAUAUGAAAACCAGCCCUUUUUGUAUAGAUGCUAGUGUAUUCAAAGUUUCCCAUUUUGAAUUUUC